AUGCACGAAUCGAUUGCAAUUGUUGGCAUGGCAUGCCGCUUUCCUGGGCAAGUGACCGACACAGAUACACUUUGGGAGUUCAUGAUAGAAGCUCGAAAUGCCCAUACAGAAGUCCCUGCAGAAAGGUUCAACCAGGACACUUUCUAUCACCCCGAUAGCAAGAAUAACGGAACGUUUAAUGCCAGAGGGGGCCAUUUUCUGCAUGAAGACGUAUCCCGCUUCGACGCCACAUUCUUCAAUAUAGCCCCCGCUGAAGCCAAGGCAAUGGAUCCCCAGUUAAGAAUGUUAUUAGAGGUCUCCUAUGAAGCUUUAGAAAAUGGCGGCUAUACUCUCGACCGAGUUAGAGGGAGUAAUACCGGAGUGUACACAGCCCUAUACAACAGAGAUUACGAGAAAAUGAUGUUUCGUGACCCAGAACAUCUCCCCUUUUAUGCAGUCACCGGUAACGGUGAGGCAAUGUUCUCGAACCGCCUCUCUUACUUCUUUGACCUGAAAGGCCCAUCAUUUACCCUGGACUCCGGAUGUAGUGGAAGUUUAGUGGCGCUUCACAAUGCUUGUACUGGCCUCUGGACUGGUGAAAGCCAACAGUCCAUUCUGGCAGCUUCCAAUCUGAUUCUGGAUCCUAUGGCCAUGAUCGGAUCCAGCUUUAUGCAGUUCCUAUCCAAGGACGGUCAUAGCUACUCAUUUGAUUCCCGGGGCUGUGGUUACGGCAGAGGCGAAGGGACUGCAUGUGUCAUUCUCAAGCCCCUUUCGAAGGCAAUGAGCGAUGGAGACAACAUCAGAUCUAUUAUUCGAAGCUGUGUCACCAACCAAGACGGACGAACCCAAGGUAUCACGAUGCCCAAUCUCAAUGCACAAAAGGCCUUGAUUGAAAAAGCAUAUUCUGCGGCUGGAUGCGACCCCCGAGAUACAGUCUACGUCGAGGCUCAUGGCUCUGGCACAGCCGCCGGUGAUUACGCUGAAAGCGCUGCUCUUGGAGCAAUUCUCGGGUCCAAACGACCUCGAUAUGAUCCGCUCCUUAUAGGUUCUAUCAAGACGAAUAUCGGCCACCUUGAGAAUGCCAGUGGUCUGGCUGCGCUGAUUAAGGCGACCUUGAUCAUCGAAAAAGAAUGUAUACCGCCGAACACGAAUUUCGAAAGCCCUAAUCCUAGUAUCAACUUCAAUCAGUGGAAUCUGAAGGUGGCAACCACAGCACAACCUCUAACGCAUACGGCAUCCCGCCAGGUCUCUGUCAGCAGCUUCGGCUAUGGAGGGACUAAUGUACAUGCCAUCUUGGAUAAACCGCCGACCCAGAGUGGCACUGAGCUGGUAGCGACAGGAAACCAAGACGUACGUCGACUGUGUCCAGACGGAGACGAACCGCCCCCCAGUUAUCUUUUCAUCUUUGCAGCCCGGUCAAAAGCCUCCAGCAGUCUCAUUGCCGAUCGGCUUCAAGAAUACCUGAGCAGAAAGCAGUAUCCAUCCCCGGGGCUCAUACGCUCACUAGCGCAUACUCUCUGCAACGGUCGAUCCCAGUUUCAAUGGAGACACGCCCUGGUGGCCGACAGCGUAGACGAGCUGCAAAGCUCUCUGCAGAGCAAAUCCCCCUUCCAUCAUUCAACCACGACACCAGAGCUAUGCUUUAUUUUCACUGGGCAGGGGUCGCAGUGGUAUGGUAUGGGAAAGGAGCUUUUCCAAUCGAGCUCCAUAUUUCGGGAAUCCAUCCUCGCAGCCGAGCGUCAACUCCUUUGCCUCGGAGCAGAGUGGAGGCUAACCGAUGAGCUUCUCAAGUCUUCCCCUGGAGCCUCUUUGUUGGAUAAGGCACAGGUUGCACAGCCGGCAUGUACCGCAAUCCAACUAGCGCUGGUCAAUCUGCUAUCUUCCUGGAAGGUAAAACCAGACUCGGUAGCGGGACACUCCAGUGGUGAGAUUGCGGCGGCUUAUGCCUGCGACGCGAUUUCGUUUAACGACGCCUUACUCGCUGCGCACGCGCGAGGGUAUUGGGCUGCCGAUAUGGCGAGUAAGAGAGAGACUUCUGGCGGUAUGUUAGCCGUAGGGCUUUCGGAGCAGGAUGCCCGGGGGUAUCUCGGCCAGAUUGAUGAACAGAUGGGUACAGUCAAGGUUGCCUGCAUUAACAGUCCCAAGUCUGUUACUCUGUCGGGCGACAAAGCUGCCAUUGUAGAGCUCCAGGAGCUGCUGCAAAGGGAUCAUGUCUUUGUUCGAAGGCUGCCGGUUGAUGUCGCGUAUCAUUCUCAUCACAUGGCUCAAAUUGCCGAAAGCUAUCGCAAUGCCCUGACGAGAAUGAGCAAGCCAAGCUCAAAUCCCUCGGUUUCCUUCUUCUCCAGUGUUGAAGGACGAUUGGUCGACACUCGCAUUCUCGAUCGUGACUACUGGGUAACAAACUUGGUCUCUCCGGUCCUAUUUUCUCAGGCAGUCAACGGGUGGUGCCAGCGAUUCUCCCCAGAGAACUCGGCCGCACCAGUUCUGAUCGAAGUUGGUCCACACGCCGGGUUGAAGGGACCGCUCAGGCAGUGCUUGGAGGGCCGGCACGAAAUCACGUCCUUCCAUUACUCCUCAAUGCUGGUCAGAAGCCAGUCAGCCAGGAAAACAGCACUAUCUGCUGCAGGGGAACUGUUCGUGCGUGGGUGCGAUGUCGACCUUGACGCUGUGAAUUUUGAUAGUGCUCGAGAUAGACCACAGAUUCUCGCGGAUCUGCCACCGUACCCCUGGCAUCACUCAACAUCAUACUGGCAUGAAGGUCGACUGAGUCGCAACUAUCGAACACGCCACCAGGCUCCACACGACAUGCUCGGGGUUCCGGCCCCGGAUUCUAGUAUCUUCGAGCCACGAUGGAGAAAGUAUAUUCGGCUGCCAGAGAUGCCCUGGCUCGAGGGACACAAAGUUCAGAGCAGGGUUAUUUUCCCUGCAGCAGGGUGGCUAUCCAUGGCGUUUGAAGCCGGCGCACGAUAUUUCAUGCAGUCCACCUCAGCGGCAAGCAAGAUUGCAUGCAUCACGCUAAGUGAAGUCUCCUUCGCGCAACCGUUGAUUCUCUCUGAUCCCGAUGAGUCGGUAGAGGUCAUGUUCGUGCUCCGACCCUCGGGGAACUACAACGGACGAGACCUGUCCCACCGUCACGAGUUUAUCGCUUAUUCUUUCCUCGACACGAUGAAGGUCGUCGAGCACUCUCGAGGUUUUGUUGCUAUAUCGUCCAAGCAUGCUCCUUGCGCUCCAGCAGAACUCGAUUGUGAGAGUAGUGCAAUGGCUGAUAUUUUGCCUAGCAAGUUCUACGAGGAAGUGCAGAGGAGUUGUGGACUGGAAUACUCCGGGUGUUUCUCAGGGAUUUCCUCCAUUCUUGCUGGCGUUGGGUCGUCUCAAACCACCAUCACCACAUCAAAGGUGCCGCAAAGUCCAUACAACCAGCCGUGGGGUAUAUCGUUCCACCCAGCUACUCUGGAUGCUUGUAUGCAAAGUCUGCUACCGGCUAUACUAGCUGAACCUGGCAAGAAGAAACCCCUCAUAUUAUCCGCCAUCAAAGAAGUUACUCUCAUACCACAUUCUCCGAAGGCUGGCACAGAAGUGCAAGACAAAUACAACGUGACGUGUCGAGUAACACGUCAAAGGAAAGACGCCUACGGUGGCAGCCUCAGCAUGGAGUCAAGUGGUCAGAAUGCCCUAGUCUUGUCAAUGUCAUCCGUCGUCAUGUCCGAAAUGGAGGGCGUCUCCCGAUCAACGGCGUCGUCUCAGUCUGCCACCCAAGCGCAGAAAGUCGUCAAGUACCUGGAUCCAAUUCUACUAAGUGUCAAGGACACUGAGCUUAUUUGCUACGCUACGACAGACGAGGAUUCCAUGGGCACUGAGCUCAAUGCUUAUACUCGGGCCUGUCAUAUAUUUGCAAAGAGCUGUCUUGAUCAGCUACAGCAGAAGGACCUUCAGCGGCUUCAACCAUUCCAUGUCAAGUAUCUGGAGUGGUUAAAGGGAGUCGCGUCUCAACAGAUUAACAACCCCCAUCUGGGCUCAGACAAUGAGGCUGCGUUCCUCGCGUCAAUUGAAAGGAAAGGCAGUAUUGGAAAAGGAAUAUGCCAAAUCGGUAGGAAUCUACCACAGAUAAUGGGAGGUGAAAAGGAUGCCCUAGCAUUGUUGAUGAGCGAUGGCCUCCUGCAGGGACUCUAUAGGGAAGACCCAGGCAUGCAACGAUGUUCAUCGCAGGCGGCCGAGUAUGCCCGUCUUCUAGGACUUAAGAACCCGAAUCUUCGUAUCCUGGAAAUUGGUGCUGGGACAGGUUCCGCGACAUUGCCAAUCCUUAAUGCUUUGACAGGAGGCAAGAAGAACCUCUUCCACCAUUACAUGUUCACGGACAUAUCCAGCGGCUUCUUCCCCAAAGCAAUGGAAAAGUUUUCAAAGUGGAAGGAUAACAUGAGCUUCCAGGCUCUCAAUAUUGAGCAAACUCCAGAAACCCAACAUUUCGACCUCAAAUCCUAUGACUUGAUCAUUGCGGCAAACGUACUUCACGCUACGGCUAAUAUCAAGCGUACGAUGGGCCAUGUUCGCAGUCUCUUGAAGCCCGGGGGUAGUCUCCUUCUAGCUGAGAGUACCAAACCGACCGCUUAUCGAUCUUUCAUCUUUGGAACGCUCCCUGGCUGGUGGCUUGGAUCUUCGGAGCGCACAGGAGAUGGACCCCUCUUGACCGUGGAAGAGUGGGACCGCCAUAUGAAGGAAACCGGGUUUUCGGGUGCUGAAGUCUGCACGCAUGCAUACAAGCAGCUAGACGAGCAGAUUGAUAGUCUUCUCAUCUCACACGCCGUCCCAGAAAUGGCUCCUCUCAGCAACAGCUCGAUUCUACUGGUGCUCUCAGAACGGCAAUUCCACGGCAGAGACGGCGGGUUCGCCCGACAAUUAGCUGUGACGAUUGCAGAGGCACUUUCCAUUCAGGAGGAUUCCAUCAUAUGUCUAGGUAAUGCCAGAGCCAGCGGGAAAACGUGCAUCUGUUUAGCAGGCUUAGAAGAGACAGUGCUAGUCAGUUGCACCGAGUCCAACUUCAUGAGCAUCAAAGAUACACUCCAAAAUGCGAAAACAAUCAUAUGGGUCACUCGAGGAGCUACCGAUGCCUGCCCUGUCCCAGAUUCAAGCCUGUCCGUUGGACUUUUGCGCGUCUGCCGUAGGGAGAACGCCUCCACUCGUGCCAUUGCCGUUGACCUGGAUGCGGAUGGCAACCGGUCCGUUGGCGCCGUGGCUAUGUGUCUACUUCGUUUCGUCGAACGAUUGCACCUCUCGGCUGAUGACCAGGAGUGGAUUGAGCGCGGUGGUCAGUGGUUUCUACCUCGCCUGGUUACUGACGAUUUAGUGUCCAAUGUUCUGUCAAACGACAACUAUGCAUCAUCGCUCCAGACGCUGCAAACCAAGUCUUUGCGAGACACAAAACGCCCGCUUCGCUUGGCUGUCGGUUACUCGAGAACUCUCCAAGAUAUGCACUUCGUGGAGGAUAUCUCCUUGGAUCAUCCUUUGCCAGAUGAUGAGGUCGAGUUGGGGGUCAGAGCCACGGGUAUCAACUUCCGGGACCCUCUCAUCAUGCUAGGUGUUCUGGACUCUGCUCUGAUGGGAGAGUGCAGUGGAGUCAUCUUGAAGGUUGGAAAUAACUGGAAACACCACUUCCGGCCCGGUGAUCGUGUAUACACCUCUUGUAUCGUAGCUCAUGCGACAAGAGUCCGAGCCAAGGGGUCUCUCACCUACCCGAUUCCACACUCGCUUUCCUUCGCAGAUGCUGCAGCUAUUCCUCUUGUCUAUGCUACUGUUUAUUACUCGCUCGUGACUUGUGCAGGUCUGAAACAGGGCGAGUCCAUUCUAAUCCACGCAGGUGCCGGUGGCGUUGGACAGGCCGCCAUCGUUCUGGCCCAACAUAUCGGAGCAGUGAUCUAUACAACAGUAGGGUCGCAAGAAAAGAAACUCAUGUUGAUUGAACGUUACCGGAUCCCGGAAUAUCAUAUAUUCUCGAGCCGGGAUGCGGGAUUUGUUCCUGCGAUACAAAAAGCCACGAAAAGCGCCGGAGUCGAUGUGGUCUUGAAUUCCUUGACUGGACAUCUGCUUCAGGGGUCUAUGGAAGUUCUCGCCGUGUUCGGUCGCUUCGUGGAACUGGGCAAGUCCGAUGCUUCUUCCCAUGCGCGGAUGGAUAUGUCGGUAUUCACGAAACCCGUUACCUUCACUUCGGUCGAUUUGUUCGCCCUCAGCAUUUCCCGGCCCCAGGACAUGGUGGAACUGCAGGCUAGUGUGCACAAACUGGUUGAACAGGGCAUUUUCACCCCUCCGUCACCUGUCCAGCAAUAUCCCGUUUCCCAGGUGGAAGAUGCGUUCCGUCGCCUCCAGACCGGCAGACAUAUGGGGAAGUCAGUUCUCAUUUACGAUGAUGAUUCCACCGUCAAGGUCGCCCCACGCACUUUACGGCACACAGGAUUCGAGAGGGAUGCAUCUUAUCUGCUAAUCGGAGGCCAAGGUGGACUUGGUCGGGAAAUCUGCCUGUGGAUGGCCAAAAAUGGCGCCAAACAUUUGGUCGUUCUGUCCCCGUCGGGCGCAACGAAGCCUACCGUUCGGGCCCUCCAAGACGAUCUUGCAAAGACUGGAACGCAGCUUCACGCCAUAGCCUGUGACGUUGGUGAUGCUGACCAACUGAGAUCAGCGCUUUCUGUCUGUCGCAGUGAGCUACCUCCCAUACGUGGAGUGAUGUUUGCCGCAGUAUCCUUAAGAGAUACGGUGUUCCAGGACAUGUCAUGCAAGGACUAUCUGCAUGUGUUGGACAGUAAGAUGGUUGGACUUGCUCGCCUCCACCACGCUCUGCAACAAGAAUCACUGGACUUCUUGAUAAUUUUGUCGUCGUACUCGGGCCUAACCGGAAACCCUGGCCAAGCCAACUAUGCAGCAGCAUCCACCUACCAGGAUGCGUUUGCGCGUUGGAGGACAAGCCAGGGAUUCCCAACCAGAACCAUCGAUUUGGGUAUCAUCACAGGAGCUGGGUAUGUGCAUGAGAACCCAGCAUCCACGCGCCAUCUCCAAAAGUCCGGGACGGAAGCCGUUCCUCUUUCUGCACUACUUCAGCUCCUUGAAUACGCAGUGCGCUAUCCUCCAGGCAAUCCGACCUCCAGUCAGAUAGCCAUCGGCUGGAAGCCAGGGUGCAACCUGGAUGCAAGCGUCAACCGACCACUUUUCUCUCAUCUCAUCUCUGCCGAGUCCGGCCCGUCCAAGGAGCGUGCCAGUGCGUCCACGAGUCCGGACGGAUUACUUCGCACCGCAUUGGACACGGCAAAAUCCCAAAAAGAGUGUUUCCCACAGGUCGAGGGUGCAAUCUCGCAUUACCUCUCGAAUGCCUUGGGUGUUCCCAUUGAGGACGUCGAUCCGCUUCGGUCCAUGUCCCACCACGGCGGCGACUCUCUCGUCCUGGUGGAGUUUCGCAAUUGGAUUGAAAAGGGCAUGGGGUCUCCGCUGGGCACAGGCAAAGACCUGGGACAGAUCCCGCUGCGAGAACUCGCUCAGCUGAUGGCCAAUUCGGUCGAGAAGGAGAAACAACCUGUACAAAGACCCCCUCCCGAGGAGAAGUCUUGCAAGAGCAGUGGCUUGAUGUCCCCAUCUUCGUGCCCGUCUAUGGAGAUGCCCACACUGCCCUUGCCAUCUCUCGAGAAGACAAUCGAACGGUAUAUUCGCACGGUGCGUCCCCUUGUCUCUGUCGACAAGUGGCUCGCUACCUCGCAAGCGGCCAAGGAACUCUUGCGUCCCAACGGCAUUGGAGUUGAGCUCCAGCAGCAGUUGCAGAACAAACGGGAUGAUCCAGCUAUUCGAAACUGGCUAGAUGGUAUCUACGCUGAAGCGCGUUACCUGCGUGAUCGCCGCCCAUUGAUACCCUAUAGCAGUUUUUUCGGUAUUCACGACGCGAAAUCCCUGGGAUCAUCGCACAUCUCCUCGCCUGCGGUGGUUGCCGCCAUCAUCUCCUCGUCAGCAUUCCACUUCAAGCAACAGUAUGAGAAAGGCGAGCUACCAUGUGACAUUUUCUAUGACCGAGCAGUCUGCAUGGAGGGCUACAAGUGGAUAUUUAAGCGUGGGGCAGGAUUCUCGAGAGAAAUCCCGCUUCUGCUUGGUGGAAGACCUGCUAGUGUUGAUGGACUGACUCUGGCCUUCCAACGGGUUAUUCAACUUGCUGACUCCAUGUCAAGAUCCCCUGUUGGAAUUUUAACCAACGACUAUCGGGACACCUGGAGCAAGAACCGAGAAAUUCUUCAGCACCUGGACGAUGGCAACGCAGCCUCUAUACGGGAUAUCGAAAGCUCCGACUUUGUAGUGUGUUUGGACAGUGCCAGUCCGCAGACCCCAGAAGAACGCGUGUCUCAGAUUUGGAAUGCCACCGAACCAAACCGCUGGCAUGGAAAAUCAAUACAAUUUAUUAUCUGCGACAACGGCGUUUCAGGUGUCAUCGGGGAGCAUUCCUUAAUUGAUGGCCUGCCAGGCAGGUAUCUAAUAACACACAUGCAAGAGACACUCCAGAACCAUCCCGUGUGCGAGCUAAAUACAGAUUUCACUUACCCGGAACCAACAUUUCUUCCCAUUUCCAUGGACAAGACACUUGAUUAUCAUGCGGAAACAUUAUCGAAGGAAACACUGUCACGAUUGCGGGAUUUCCGGGUUCGCAUCUUUGAAAUCGAACAUUAUGGCAGUCAGUCUAUGCGACAGAAUCAUUACAAUCCAGGAGCCUUUGCCAAUGUAGUUGUCCAGCUGGCCUUCCACAGGCUCUAUGGCCAUCCGGUGCCUAGUGUCGAGGCAGUCAGUACCAGCUGCUAUUUCCAGGGCCGACUUGAUUUCUGCCGCGUGGUAACAGAAGACGUCGUUGCGUUCUGUCGGGCCAUGGAAGAUCGCUCACAUGAACUAGAAAAGCGUCGCUUAUUACUCAAGAAAGCCAUAGCCACUCAUGUUGCGAACACGACUUCCGUUCGGAAUGGCGAGGGUAUUGACAUGCACUUCCUAGCUCUGAUGGACGUUGCGCGUGCAAGUCAGCGCAUCCCAGACUUAUUUAUGGACCCGACAUUCAAGUAUAGCCGCACUAAUUUGGUCAGCAUGCUCUCUCUGAAUCAUCAUACCUCCGAAACUGGUGCCUUUCCUAUGACGGAAGACGGGUGGCGUGUUGGCUAUUUGAUGGAAGAGAAUAGUACACGAUUCACCGUUCUGAGCCAGAAUCCACGUCUUGAGGAACUCUGUGGUCUGCUUCGGCAGGCUUCGUUGGAUGUAUCGAAUCUGUUAGUAUAAUAGCUGACUAGGAGCGAAAUAAGGGCUAUGAGAGCUUUCCUCUAGGGCUCUACUAACCAGAAGCUAUUUAGCCGUUUACUGAGGUCUAGUGCUCUUAAAUAUGCCAAUAACCGUAUUGCCGAUAAUACAGACUAAACUAAAAUCUAUUUCGGGAAAGUGAGGAAUAGCUAUACCUAUAGCCUUAUCACAAAUGCAGAAACGGGUAAAGGGGAGAUCGCGAGUUAGGGUGCAGAUUCAUUAUUGAACUCUGGAUCAGUCCAGAAUUUGUCCUUCUCCUCUUCUAUGAGUCUUAUAGUUUAAGUAUGGCUGAGUGGAU